AUGCAGCGACGCUACGGGGACGCUGUGUAUGUUGUCCCACGAGCAAGCAGUAUUAAGGUGGAGUGGGGUUGGAUGUCUACGCUCGAUGUGGAUUUACUGUGUAGUCACAUUCUAUUGGAUCGGUGUCCGCGUUGGAAGUACUGGAUCAAUCUAACUGGUCACGAGUUUCCCCUGAGAACAAACUGGGAGCUAGUUCGAGCUUUGACUAUACUCAACGGGUCGAAUUUGAUCGAUGGAAUGUACAGACGUCGAAAUAUGGACCGGUUCCCACUGCAUCUGAAGUUCAACUUCCCGUUCACAUGGUAUAAAGGAGGCGCGCAUAUUGUCGCCCGCCGGGAAUUUGUACACUUUGUACAUAAUGACGAACGUGCCAAACUCAUCCUCCAGGCAUUGCGUGACUUCGAACAGUCGGAGAACAAAGGCAUCGUUGCAGACGAAACAUACUUCCCCACUUUAAACCACAAUCCAGAUUCUAUUCCCGCACCUGGCGCAUUUCUGGGCGUGCAUGAAUCGGAUGAAUUUACACCACCUAUCCGAGUCAAAGUAUGGUCUGAUCAAAACAUGCCUUGCCACAGUGGCAAAUGGGUCAGGACUAUCUGCAUGCUGGGACUCCGUGAAGUAGACUGGUUGAUGGGUAGACCGGAAUUUUUCGCCAACAAAUUUAUUCCGUCAGUAGAACCAGAAGGCUAUGCCCGAUUGGAGCGAUGGAUUUCCGAGAAAAUAAAAUACGAAGCUGUAGUUGGUGACUUGCAUCCUUCCUUUAACACGACACAUUAUCUUUCUCUUGAAUUGCGAUGGAACCACUUGUAAACUGCCUUCUCCUUUCACGUUCGCACUUCUGUCGUUGUUUAGAAGAGUACGAUUUU